GAGAGAGGAAUAAUAAAUUAACUUAAUUAAGGCAAAAAAAAAAAGAAAAAAAAAAUGAAAAUAGCUUCUUCUUCCCCGAUUCUCACCGUUGUCUCCAGCUCUGGCUCAUUGGAUCCGAAAAUUAGUGGAUCAUCACUUGGAUCUCGAAUCCUUCCGUCUACUCAAAGAUCAUCCCCAUCGGACAAUCUUCUACUCCGUAGGACAAUGUCUUCCAAUUACCUGAGGCAUGUCGAGUCCAUGUCCCAGCUACCCUCAGGUGCUGGUAAGAUCUCUCAGUUAAACGCCGUCGUUUUAGGAGAAUCCCUUGCAUCCGAGGAGAAUGAUCUCAUCUUUCCCAGCAAGGAAUUCUCCGGCCAGGCUCUUGUUUCCUCCCCUCAACAGUACAUGGAAAUGCAUAAGAGGUCGGUGGAGGACCCUGCUGGUUUUUGGUCUGACAUUGCGUCUGAAUUUUACUGGAAGCAGAAAUGGGGUGACCAAGUGUUUUCAGAAAAUCUCGAUGUCAGGAAGGGUCCUAUUCGCAUUGAGUGGUUCAAAAGGGGAAUCACCAAUAUUUGCUACAACUGUUUGGACAAAAAUGUUGAAGCUGGUUUGGGUGAUAAAAUAGCCAUGUACUGGGAAGGGAAUGAAAUCGGGGUAGAUGCUUCCUUAACUUAUUCUGAGUUGCUUCAACAAGUUUGCCAGCUUGCUAAUUACUUGAAAGAUAUUGGAGUGAAGAAGGGGGAUGCUGUCGUAAUUUACUUACCAAUGUUGAUGGAACUUCCCAUCGCUAUGCUUGCAUGUGCACGCAUCGGAGCUGUUCAUUCGGUUGUUUUUGCUGGAUUUUCUGCUGACUCUCUUGCUCAAAGAAUCGUUGAUUGUAAGCCAAAAGUAAUACUGACUUGCAAUGCUGUUAAAAGAGGCCCUAAGACUAUAAACCUUAAAGCUAUUGUUGAUGCUGCACUUGACCAGUCUUCUAAAGAUGGAGUCUCUGUAGACGUCUGCUUGACCUAUGAAAACUCAUCAGCGACAACACGGGAAAACACAAAAUGGCAAAAUGGAAGAGAUGUGUGGUGGCAGGAUGUCAUUCCUAAAUAUCCAACAUCAUGUGAGGUGGAAUGGGUUGAUGCUGAAGAUCCCUUGUUUUUGCUCUACACCAGUGGAAGUACUGGGAAGCCAAAGGGUGUCCUACACACAACUGGAGGGUAUAUGAUCUACACUGCUACAACAUUCGAAUAUGCAUUUGACUACAAACCAACAGAUGUAUACUGGUGUACGGCAGAUUGUGGUUGGAUAACUGGCCAUAGCUAUGUUACUUAUGGACCAAUGCUAAAUGGAGCCACUGUUGUUGUCUUUGAAGGGGCUCCAAACUACCCUGAUUCUGGACGCUGUUGGGAUAUUGUUGACAAAUACAAGAUUUCUAUAUUUUAUACUGCCCCAACGUUGGUGAGGUCUCUCAUGCGCGAUGACGAUAAGUUUGUAACACGUUAUUCUCGCAAAUCGUUACGGGUCCUUGGAAGUGUGGGAGAGCCCAUUAACCCGAGUGCUUGGAGAUGGUUCUUCAAUGUAGUCGGUGAUUCAAGGUGUCCCAUUUCAGAUACGUGGUGGCAAACUGAAACUGGUGGAUUCAUGAUAACCCCAUUACCAGGUGCUUGGCCGCAGAAGCCUGGUUCAGCUACUUUCCCUUUCUUUGGUGUUCAGCCUGUCAUAGUUGAUGAAAAAGGCAAUGAAAUCGAAGGCGAGUGUAGUGGUUAUCUUUGUGUGAAAGGUUCAUGGCCCGGGGCAUUUCGAACUCUGUUUGGGGAUCAUGAAAGAUAUGAAACCACAUACUUCAAACCUUUUGCCGGAUAUUAUUUCAGUGGUGAUGGUUGCAGCAGAGACAAGGAUGGUUACUACUGGCUAACGGGGAGGGUUGAUGAUGUUAUCAACGUCAGUGGCCAUCGAAUCGGAACUGCUGAAGUGGAAUCUGCUCUGGUUUUACAUCCUCAAUGUGCAGAAGCAGCUGUUGUAGGCAUAGACCAUGAGGUAUGUGGACUAACUAUGCAUAAGUUGUUGGGAUAUGAAGCACAUUUGAUUUUGUAUUCCAGAGACAAGGAUGGUUACUACUGGCUAACGGGGAGGGUUGAUGAUGUUAUCAACGUCAGUGGCCAUCGAAUCGGAACUGCUGAAGUGGAAUCUGCUCUGGUUUUACAUCCUCAAUGUGCAGAAGCAGCUGUUGUAGGCAUAGACCAUGAGGUGAAAGGUCAGGGUAUUUAUGCGUUUGUCACUCUUCUGGAGGGUGUUCCGUACAGCGAGGAGCUUCGGAAAAGCCUAGUACUAAUGGUCCGAAAUCAGAUUGGGGCUUUUGCAGCACCGGACAGAAUACACUGGGCACCAGGGUUGCCAAAGACGAGAAGCGGAAAGAUAAUGAGGAGAAUUUUGAGAAAGAUUGCUUCAAGGCAAUUAGAAGAGCUUGGAGAUAUAAGCACACUUGCGGAUCCUAGUGUAGUUGAUCAGCUUAUUGCACUUGCUGAUGUGUGAUGUAAAAACCAUACCGUAUGACCCCCCAAUGGAGAGUGAUGGAGUUUUGUGCAUCUUUAUGUUUCUAGUGUCUUAUAGAGGAAUCAGUACUACAAAAUCUGAAACAAUAUUCAGGUGUUUGGGAGGAAUAAAGUAAGCUGACUAUAUUGUUGUGUGUUUUUAAUAAAAGAAGUUUCAAUUUCA